AUGGACGCUCUGCAAGACAAGCCCCCCGUGUUCAACUACAUCCUCAGCUUCCUGCUGGUGGGCAUUGCGUGGGGCGGCACUACGCCUUUCAUCCGCCGCGCGGCCAAGUCGCACAAGCCGCCUCAGCACCCGAUCCUCGACGAUCCGUCAGUCAAGGCGAGCUGGCUGCGUUCAAAGCUCUACGGAGCGUUCUUCUCUGUCGUUGAUUUGCUGCAGAACCCCCGGUACGCGGUACCCCUGCUGGUGAACCUAACGGGCAGUGUGUGGUUCUUCUUGCUUAUUGGACAAGCCGAGCUGAGUCUUACAGUGCCCAUCGUCAACACAAUGGCAUUUCUCUUUACCGUUCUCGGUGAAUGGUUGGUCGAAGGCAAAGUCAUCAGUCGAGACACUGGCGUCGGCAUGCUCUUUUCUUUGGUUGGUAUUGGACUGUGUGUAUACAGUAAGACGUAG